GGGGAAAACAUCGCUGUAAUAAGGUUGUAUCAUCACCGCCAGAGAGAGGGAGAGGUCUCAGUUCUUUUCAAAAAAAAGAAAAAAGAGUUGGGACUGGCAGCAGCUCUGUCUUUCUGAAGGCAUUUGUGGCAUGAAACCAGAUCGCAUACAUCUUUCAUUCAUCACCUCCUCCUCCUCCAUCUCCCCCCACCACUCUCCAGUUAGGAACUCUCCCUCCAGCUCCACCGCAUUGAUGAGGUAACGUCAAGCUCUACGCAGAGCAGCAUCCACCUGCACAAACACCAUCCUCCCCCCCUUUCCGUCCCCUCCUUCUGUCAACCAUUCCAUUGCAGCCAUGGGGCAGAAGAUCUCUGGUGGCAUCAAAUCGGUAGAUGGUCGCGGGGAAAGCGGUGGCUCCCCGUCCUACCGACCCUCGGCGCAACGCCGGCAGCACCCAGAACUGAGGGGCCCGGAUUUUGCCAAACCUCCCAGGUUGGAUCUCCUACUGGACAUGCCAGGUGCUGGACUGGAGACCCAGCUCCGUCACGCGUGGAACCCCGACGACCGUUCGCUCAACAUCUUCAUAAAAGACGAUGAUAAACUGACAUUUCACCGCCACCCGGUUGCUCAGAGCACAGACUGCAUCCGGGGGCGGGUCGGGUACACGAGGGGUCUCCACGUGUGGAGGAUCCACUGGCCCUCCCGGCAGCGUGGCACACACGCCGUCGUUGGGGUGGCAACCUCAGAAGCUGCUUUACAUUCUGUUGGCUACACGGCGCUGGUGGGGUCGGACUGUGAGUCCUGGGGCUGGGAUCUGGGACGCAACAGGCUCUACCACGACAGUAAGAACAGGUCCCACAGCUUGCUGCCCUCCUACCCUUGUUUCCUGGAGCCAGAGGAGUCGUUCACCCUGCCAGAUUCUCUGCUAGUGAUUCUGGACAUGGACGAGGGGUCGCUGAGCUUCAUGGUGGAUGGACAGUAUCUAGGAGUUGCAUUUAGAGGACUGAAAGGCAAGAAGCUGUAUCCUGUCGUCAGCGCUGUGUGGGGACAUUGUGAGAUAGCCAUGAAGUACAUCAACGGCUUGGAUCCCGAGCCUCUUCCUCUGAUGGAUCUGUGUCGGCGUGCAGCCCGCCUUGCUUUGGGUCGGGAGCGGCUUCAGGAGAUUGAGAGCCUCCCUCUGCCCCAGUCCCUGAAGGAUUACCUCCAAUACCAGUGACUGACACCAGCAGCGCCAACUGGGAGUAAAAGACACAAACCAGACCACCAGAAAGUCUAGACAUGGAUGGAUUAAAUUAAUAAUUAAAGGAUGCAAAGAGAGGAUUAUGGAUGAAUGCAUGUCCACACUGAGACCACCAUAGCUCUACAAAAGGUGGAUUGAGAGAAAGAUGAUGUAAGAACUGACAGGGGAGGUCCAGGCUUUCAAAAAAAGACAGCACCAGCUUAUUUUGGAUUUUUGAGCUGCUUUUUCAUUUGUUUUUGACUUGAAAUAAAUUAUUGAUGAUGGUAUCCCAUCAGUGUCUCACUCAUCCAGAGAGAAAACCCAUUCGAUGUGGUUAAGAGGUGACAGUGUUCUGAUGACCACCGCCACCUAGUGAUGAGAAUGAACACUGCGCUGAGAAAGCACACUAAUCCUUUCCCUGGAGGCCUUUCUGACAUACAGUCAGUGACCAUAUCAUUGCUGUUGGGCACCAUAGCCUGUAUUCAUGGUCUCCACUGACACAGGUGACAGGCUGCAGAGCCCAGACGAAUGAAAGAAGAUUUAGCACUAAUGUUGUUUUUAUCUGAUUGACUCUGGGCCCGACCAAAAGCUCACAUCUCAUACAGAGUAGUUCAAAAACAUGGCUGCAAGGUGUGUGCAAAGUUAAGUAAAUAGAAGUAUAAGUAUGGUGAACUUAUCUCCUGGCUUUAUGCAAACAUUUGAUGAGAGUUAAGCCCUUUUCAGACAUGUAAUAGGUAACGUCUGUCAGUUAAAGUGAUGGCUUCUUGUCAUUCAGAGAUGGUUACAUAAAAGUUUGUUAUGGAUAUAUUCACAAUACUCGUACAGUAUUAAGCACCUGGUCCAUGAGAAGGCACUGUGGAGUUGAAAAACAAGGAUAUGAAGGAAGAAUAUUGCAUCAGUGAUGGAUUUUAAAAAUGUGUUUUGCUGUUUUAGUCUUAAUUAAUGACCGUUGUCAGCAUGAGAAAGCUCACCACCAGGUUCAUCAUUUAUUAGUUUAUUUCAUAACAUUUAUUUUAUUCUGCUGCCUUUUAUACUACAAUGGCCAAGUACAAAAUGACAAGAGAUAACAUUUGGAUUCUCGUUUCCUUAUAUGCUGUAUGUUAAGACCCUUUAUAUAUAGAAUAUUUAUCAUUUCAUCCAUGCAGUUGGCCUAACUUUACUUGAAAAUUAAGGAGGGUCUGAUGAUUAUUUUUAAUGUUUGUUUUGUUUUGUUUUGACCUCUUUUUGCGCCCCGCUACAUGUUGAAAUAAAAACAUUUUUAUGAUCUCAAAUCUAGAUAUUUGAUCAGAUUUGAUUGACAAUACCCCAAACAACCCAGCAAUUGCCAUCUGAUUACAAUUCAAAUAUUGCUAAAUUGAUGAUUGAUGGAUGGAAAUAUAUGCAUCACCAUUUUCUAAAUGAGCUCAGCCUCUGAUCUUCAACCAGUAAGAAGAGCUGACAGAAGAGGAAAUACACAAAUCUCUUAUAUGAAAUAACCAAACCUUUCAUGCUUCCAACUGAAAAAAUGGUCAUGUAGAACCCCGUCCAUCAUAGUAGAGGCUGAGUGAGAAAACACUUUUUUAAGAGUCUUUAAUUAGGGAACAAGACGUGCAUUUAAUCCUUUCACAUGCAUAAUUUGUUUCUUCUGUGGCCUUUAUGAUAAUGUGGAUAUAUCCAAUUAAAACUUGCAGGUUGAGGGAAGUGUUAUGGAAAUAUAAGUAGGUCCAAUUUUUUUAUUUUUUUAUUUAUUUUAAUGCCGUCAAGGAGUUAGGCGUCUGAAAGGGGCUUUAACACAGUAGUAAAUAGGAGAGAACUGCUUGGUGUUUAAAGGGUUAAGUGGCACUGAGAACCAUUACUCACAGGACACUAAAUCAUGUAUUAUGAUGUCAAUCACAACCAAAGUAUUUCAAACUAAGCCUUGGAGUGUGUGAAUGCGUCAGUCGGAGCUGUAGGUCGUGGCCCAUCGCAGUGUAACUAGUGCUAUCAUGCUGUUGGCAGUAAGAAGAGCCCCACCUGCUGUUGUAGCAGCCUGCUGUAGCUCACGGGUACCAGGCAGUAUCUGUCUGCUGUCCGCACAACUGUCUUAAUGACCACAAACAAAUACACAAACAAAAACAGGACGAUGGCAGAUCUAGUCUCACUGGAUCUUAAAGAAAGGCUGGAGCAGGAUUUAGGAACAUUACUGCUACUGCAGCGCAGAGCAGAUCCUGGUUCAGAAUAGGAUGCAGAUGACAAAUGCACACACACACACACACACUGUAGACCAAUCAUGUUUUCUUUCCUAAAAAAGGCUUGAGUCACUUUUUUUAAUAUCUUGAGUUUGUAUUCUACAUUAUUAUUAUUAUUAUUAAUAUUAUUGUGAGUGUGGAGUCUGAUUCUGAUGAUGGCAGUAUGAUGAUGAUGAUGAUUAUUUAUCACAAGCUAUCUAUGUUUGUCUGAUGAUUGAUGGUUACAUUCAGGUAAAUUUAAUACAAAUAUGCUGGUGAUGAAGGGAGAGAGAAAUCAAAAGUUGUUUCUUUAAUGCUGCUUUUAUUAUUAUUAUUAUUAUUGUUAUUGUUAUUAUUAUUAUUAUUAUUACUAUUAUUUGUGAUGAUGGUGGUCUGACUUCCUGUUUUCAUCAGUUAGGAUGGGGAGAAAAAGACCAUUCAGAAAAGUAGUGGAAUGUAUGGACAGAUAGUGCAGUUGAGAUGUCAACAGAUAUGAAAUGUGAAUAAAA